CGUAGUCUAUGUUACUUAGGCAAACGAAGGAAGAGAAUUGCGAAGAAAAGCCUGAAAGGCUUGAAAAGAACGUCAUACAAGAGAAAAAGCAGACAAAGAAAAAUUAUCAGUAAUGAUACGGGUGGCAGUUGCGUUCAUCUUGCUCAUUUACCUUGCAAUGGCGUUUAAAUUAGAAAAAGAGCGCCUAGCAUUUGAAGAUCAACCAGACGCACAAGAUGAACUAGAUGAGCAAGAACAACAAUAUGAAGCAAGGGAGCGAGCCCGUGAGCGAGAUGACCCAGACGAACAAGAUAAAGGUGAACAAGAUGAAGCAAAUGAGCCUUAUGAGGGACAAGAUGACUUACACGAUGAGGAACAAGACGAAUAUGUACUGAAUGAAACAACUGAUCGAGAUGAACAGAAGGAGCGAGAUGAACAAGACAAAAAUGAAGAGGAUAAUAAGGUAAUAGAGCGAUUUACGAAAAAACAUACAUGCCUUUCCAAUUGGUUAAAGUCGCGCUCUCUAAGCAAUUAUACAAAAUAUAUUUCCAAUGAACUGCGUUUUCCUGCAGUCAGCGCUAUUGAAAACUUUCACAUCCUUAACACCUGUUGCACGUUUUGCUGCACUUGGCGCCCGCGGUUUCAUGUUUUCCCGCGCUUAGUGCUAGUUACCUGUUUUCCCGCGCUUGGCGCCUGUUGUUAAGUCCUUCAUUGCGUUCUUUUACGUUUGUUGCA